CUAAAACACUAAUGUAUCAAUAAAAAGUUCCUAAACUAUUGACAUAUAGUCAUUUAAAUAAAAAUAAAUUUUGACAUUAGUAUCAGUGAAGUAAAUAAAAUAUGUUGACGAAUAAUUGAGUCAUUAAAGCAUAAAGAGUGUUUUGUAAUGAAUAUAUUUAUGAUAAAAGAAAAUACGUAACUGUAUACGUCAACAAAUUGAAACUUAACCUCAAAAUUAAUGACAUCUUUUUGCUUUUUGUAUUUUUGAAAUAAUAACAAGUUUUUAUUUGAUAAAUUAAGAUGAAAUAUUCGACUUCACCGCCAACAAGCAGGUGCACAUCUCCUAUGUCAAUGAGAUCAUCUUCAUCGCUACCAAUACCUGCCACUUACAGACAAGAAUGCUUUGGUGCACCAACAAAAUUUUACAAAUACUUACGAAAACUUUUAAUGUUCGAACAAAUGGAUUUUGAAUUUGCUUCAUGGCAAAUGGUGUAUCUUUUUACAAAUCCACAAAAAGUUUAUAGAAAUUUCAGAAGUAGAAAACAAACAAAAUCACAAUUUGCCAGAGAUGAUCCAGCUUUUCUUGUUUUAUUAACAUUUUGGCUAUUUGUUUCCUCCAUUGGAUUUGCCAUUGUUUUAGGUCUAGGAUUUUUUCAAUUUCUUGCAUUUUUAUUUUACGUUAUCAUAGUAGAUUGUAUUGGAAUUGGAGUGAUAGUCGCUUCUCUUUUUUGGUUUGUGACAAAUCGAUAUCUACGAAUAGAUAAAACUCAGGACGUUGAGUGGGGUUAUUGUUUCGAUAUUCAUUUAAAUGCUUUUUUUCCACCUCUUAUAAUUCUUCAUUUUGUUCAACUAUUUCUAUACAAUGGCUUCAUUAUUCACGAUGGAUUUUCCUCUCGUUUUCUUGGAAAUACUUUUUGGAUGAUUGCUGUCAGUUAUUAUAUUUAUAUAACAUUCUUAGGAUACGCUAAUGUAGAGAUUCUUUCUAAAACGCAUAUUAUUUUAUCAGCGUUACCGAUAGCAUUUCUCCUCUACGUAACAACUUUAGCUGGAGGAAUAAAUAUUACCCGAAUGAUAAUGAAUUUUUAUCACGAUAGAGUCGUAUAGUUAGUGUAAAUAAAAUCCUUUUUUUUUUUUUUUAUUAAGCUGAAAAAAUACCAAUAAAAUUCUAAUUUUUCAAAUAAAUGCUUUUAUUUAAAUCAUGUUAAGGAAAAAAUGAAAUGAAAAAUUCCUUAUUUUGUCAAAUGUCUCAUAUAUUUAAAUAAUUGUUAAACAUAUUGUUGAAUGACAUAAAAAAACUUUUGUAUUGAACUUACAAUCAAUGUAUAUAACGUUUUAUUUUCUUUUUUUUUGUUUCUGUUUUAAUAAUGUUAAAUAUACAUUUUUAUUUAAAAAUUUUUCAUUUAAAUAGAUAAUUAAAUGCGUUACUUAUUAACAGCGUGUAAAUAUUUUCAUAAUUAUAAUUUUAAUAUAUAAUUUUUACUAUGUAAAUGUCAGAUAUAAAGUGAAUUAUUAUCAAAUUACAAUUAGCUUUGAAUUAUUUUUUUUUUUCUACUAAUAUCACUACCGUCAUUUUUUUGUUCUCUUCUUUAUUUACAUGAUGCUGAUGUGACUUAUCUUUGUCAUAAAUAUUAGAUCAAAAAUCAUGAAUAUUUGCAAAUCUCGUGAAAAAUUAAUAAAAAUCCUUACAAAAUUCAAAUUAAAAAUAUUUUCGAGAUUCAUUAGAGCAAAAUUCUUUUAAUUAUUCACAAUUACUUUUGUACAAUUGAUUUUUAUUCAUCAUUAAACAAAAGAAAUUGUGUAAAGAUCUAAUAAUUAUUUUCACUUGUUCUAAAAACAUUUAUACGUAAAAAUUCAUUUUUCUGUAAUAACUUCUAUCCAUUCACAAUCUGGCAGUAAAUUUCUCUUUUUCGAUAUGCAAAUUAAUAUCACAUGAUAUUAUGCAUAAAGGCUGGUUUAUGCUGCAAACUUAUUAAACUCAUACUUUUUUUACAACAGCAAAAAAGGCAGAAUUGUAACUCAAAAACCCGAAUAAACCGAUUUUUAAAUUGAUCUUUAAAACAAAAUUCCCCAAAAAAAAAACAACAGUAUUUUAAAUUGUUUAAAAAUAUUUCAAAUAACAUCUUUUUUUUCUAAUUAAAAAUUUGAAAAUACUGUUUACACUUAUUAUUUUAUCAAUAAAUAUAUAAAAUUGUUAAUAAAUCCCAUUCCCUGAUAAGUAAAAAUUUUUUUUUACUAGUUAGAAACCAAACAAUAAUGUAAAAUUUCAUUUACAACUAAUUAAAUUCAUUUCACAAUUUUUCGAUGAUAAACGUAAGCACCUCUUCUGUUUAAGGCAAUCAACAUUGUAUAAAAAUAUUUUUCAAUAAUUAUUUAACAACGAAAAAAGUACCGAAAAUUUUUAUGUUUUCAAAAUAAUGAAUUAAAAUAUUUUUUUUAUGGCAAGUUGUUUAAAAAAAAUAUUAAUAUAUAUUUUUUUAAUUAUAAAAUUUUUCAAAAAAAAAAAAAACAAUAAGACUGUAAAAUACAGUUAAAGGACAAUUUUCUUUGUUAAUUAUAGUCAUUAAAUGGCAAUUGAAAAUGUAUGACUAUAAAUAAUAUAAAUUGUAAUUGACCAUUGAUUAUUUGAAAGUUUCUCGACAUAAUACAUAUUUGAAUCUUCAUAGUUCGUUUACUACCAACUACAAUAAGGCCUCAUGAUCAAUUUAGUACCGUUAAUCUAACACUAUUCAUUAGACAAAUGACUUAUGUACAAAUAAGACAUUGAAAAGAACUUGGAUUUUAAAUUGUUUUCCCCGUAGUAUUCUUCUUUUUUAAUUUAUAUACACAUUUUAAAUGUUAGAAGUGCUCAACUAAUUGAAAAUUUCAAACUAUAAAGCAUGAUGUAGUUGAAACACAUGUGCGUGGUUUCGAAAAAAGAAAUUUAAUUCAAAUUAGUUAAUUAGAAAAUUAAAAGCUUAUGUAUUAUGCUUUUUUUUAAAUAACAAUAAAACCCACAAAAAACGAAAUAAAAACACAAACAUUUAAAUAUUUCCCUAAUUAAUUUUGAUUCAAAAUAUUGUGCUAUUUUAUAAAAAAAAAAAAUCAUGUUCAACGUGAUUGAAAAAAUUUUAAAAAACAUUGAUCGUAAAAAAGAUCAAUUUAACAAUUAAUUAUUUCAAUUUUAAUUAAACGAUUAAUUAUUUUAACGGUGUCAUGAUUGAAAUCAAAACAUAAUGGCACAGCUCUCAAUCAAAACAUCGUGAAAAAAUCCAAAUUUAAACAAAAAAAAAACUAUUAUAAUUAGUAUAAUUAAUGCAAUAAUGUAAAAUGCUGCAUUUAUGUUAAAUAUCUAUAUAAUAAUAAAUAAUAAACAUUGUAAAAUGUUCCAUAAUCGUAUUAAUAAAUUAAUCAGAGAAUUAAAAAAAAUCUCUUUUUGUUAAAAAUUCAAAAAAAAAUUUUUAAAAGCAGCAAAAAAAAAACAAA